CAGGUUGCAGCCUUUACCAGCUACAGCCCUCCUGAGACCAUCAGCUCCUUCUCAGCCUUCUCAGCACAGGCUGGGCGUUGGAGGAGCUCGUGGGACAGGCAUGCUGCCCCACACCCAGGGCGGAGCUCAGGAUCUGUGUUUCCAACAGGCCCCCAGGCAGACCCCCCCUCUCACCAGGAGGACCCACCGGCUCAUCCCUAUCCACAGCUUCAGGCAGAGCUAUGAGGCCAAGAGUGCUCACGCACACCAGACUUUCUUUUUGGAAUUCAAGGAGCUGAAGGAGGUGGGCAAGGAGCAGCCCAGGUUGGGGACUGAGCACCCUCCCAACACCACCGAGAACCAAUACCCGCAUGUGCUACCCUAUGACACCUCCAGGGACAGGCUGACCUAGCUGGAGGGAGAGCCCCACUCUGACUACAUCAAUACCAACUUCAUUUCAGUAAGGGCCGCCGGCGAGGCUGUCCAUGGGAUCUGGGAUCUGCUUGGGAGAUGGGCUGGUUUGCAGGCCACACUGGCCUUCAUCAGC